GAUGAUUGAUGAAAUAAAACACGUUCUCUCAGUAUUGUUCGCUUAAAAAUAAUUAAGGUACACUCCAGCACUUUCCCUCCCAGACUAUCGGUCUUGAACAGAUUUUGAACCACGUCGAUUGUUUUCAAUCACUGGUGACAGGUGAAUAUUAUUGAUCUCCAUCGCAUCACAGGCAAGUUCUAUUUUGCUGCGAGAUGCCGUGACCACGGACGUGUAUAAAAUCCGAGCCGUGGCGAUCUGCAAGACUAUUUCGGAUGCAGCAUUGUGGUCAUUUGUGCAAGACUUUCUUACCAUACUUCAUGCUUCUUAUGAUCUAUAGAUGGUCAGUUGGUCACGAAAACUGAUCUGCCAUCUUCAACCCCAAGAGAUACAUCGAAGUUAAGACGAUUGCACCAUUGUUUUUCCCCCUCUCUCCAGCUGAUAAGAGACUACGCCGCAAGAAAUGCAUCAUGCAUAAGUGAGUGUGUGUGUGGGGAGGGGCGGGGGUAGGUGAUGGGGUCGAGGGAGGGAUAUAUGUAAAGGCGGAAAAGUUCAAAAUGAAUUAGCCACGUACAUGUUUACUUUGACAGUCCGCGAACCGUUCUCAGCCAGCACGUCACAGACCCGAAGCGUCCAAAGGGUGUUAGCUUGGAAAUAUUAUGGGGAACACUGUCACACUGACAUGCGUUAGCGAGGUUUCAUCAAAUUACAAACAAGACUGUGUUAAAGGUCGUUCUAACGGGACAAAGUACCAAAGCAUCAAAGUCUCCCAAAUGCCUUAAAGUCAUUGUGUUAGCAGUUGUGCUGGUCGACAAGCUUCACUUCUCUCAACAUGUUGACCAAAGUUCUAAUGUCCCAACGUUCGCCCCAAGACCGUUGGUUUUAUGUUACCUUGAGGCACAACUUGGCCAAAGCCGGUCAGACGCUCGACAACAUUCGCAUUUUAGCUGUGGAACGCAAGUUUAUUACUGUGAAGGGGGUGUCCUCAUUCCUAUUUCCACCCAAACACCAGUCGCAUUUGACGAUCCGGUCAGGGCAGUUUCUCAAAUAAUUCACAAGCAUUAUUUUGUUUUUAAAUUAAAGAAUGGAAAAAUUCAUCAACAUGAGCUCACAGGUAGAAUGCUCUGACAAUAAUACAAUGUAAUGAUGGGUGUCAAGCUCAUACUACACAACCACAAGACUAAAAACAAACAAACAAACAAAACAACAACAACCCUAAACAAAACUAAAAACAGUCGACAAGCGGCAGUGAAGAAAAAUGCUCGAAAAACUUAUCCUCCAACUGCAGCAACACAGUGCGCUUGACCUGGUUUUUCUGUGUCGACAAUAAAGAUGCUAAUAUUAGAGAAGAAACUCCUAGGUUUGGUGACAGGUAAGCUUUGUACUUUCUUUGCUGUCUCUUUGAUUGACUGUCUAGGGAUGUACUACUUCCCCGCUCAUAUACACAAUCACGUAUGUACACAGGCAAGGAUGCACACACACAGUAAGAUAAACUGAUCGUUUGUUUCUCGAAGCACACUAACACAUUAACGCAGCAUACACCCUCGAAAAAGUUAAAGGUAUCAAGAACUGAACUGUAGACGCGGUACAAGACAAUCACCUGACGACCACACCUGGUGUGUGUAAUCUGUGUAACCAACCGUUGACAACAGACCCCCAGCACAGACGACACGGUCACAGAUCGACAGUUCCGUACGACUUCUGCUUACAUCGUGGAGCCACGGGCUAAGAGGAGUCUCGUGAAUGUCUUGGAGUUCUCUCGACAGGUUUUCUGGACGAGAAGCUACAGAAUGUUUAAAAAGAGAUGGCUUAAGUAUGAAGAAAACGAAUUCUGAAAUUCACUGCAUGGAAAGCCGUAACAUGUUAUACUCCAGAACAAUGAACUGAUUGGAAUAUCAGAUGUUCACCAAAUAGGAGAUCAAAGGAUCGAACGAACAAAAAAGAGACAAACUUGUGAGCAGAAGGGCUACUGAAAUCCCGGAGCUAAUGGUAUAUGUACAUAACUCUAUGGCUGCCACUUUGCUUACUCCUAUCGCCACUGCUGGAGGAAUGAAAGAAUAAAACAGGUUAGCCAUCCAUGUAAUCAUUAGUUAACCUUUUUUUAAGAUACUGACUUGAUUAUUUAUAAAAGAAAUCAGACUGAUUUGAACUAAUGAGCUCUAUGCAUUACUUAGAGCUUGAAGAUUCAGUUUAAGUCCUACUUAAAUCGUCAUCGAAUCAUUGAAGCAAGAAUUGAAAGAAGUUCAUGGCUUGGUUGGUGGCUCGUUAGACACAACAGUCAACCACCACGAUUAAUGUAUAACCUAGCGACACGGAAACGCCUAAACAAAACACAUGUGUCUAUGGCUGAUAGUGACGCUGUCUUGUGUUCGAGAAAAAACCUGUUUCUUCGUACGGCAGAGGUAGGAGGGUACGUGAGGAAAUGUGAACAAAAAAAAAUAAAAAAUAAUGGCCGCAUUCACGCCACUUUGUGACACUUUAACAACGGGAUAUAUUAUAUUAUGCUAGAAGCUGCACGUGGUGUCUGACAAAAUUGUCUUUCAUAACCUUCUUUUGUCGUCGAACUGAGCCCAUAAUCAGUUUCUGAAGACAGUCAUUAGCAAUAUUAACAGCUGUUUCUAAACGAAAUUGUCGCAUGUGAGUUAAAAAGGCGUGAGCAAAAGGACGAAGUAAAGACGGUGACAAAAGCUGAUGAAAGAGAAGUCAUAAUGAAGUAAGAGAAGGCUGCUUCUAAAACGGCAAGAAACCCUCAUCGACAUUUUCGUCUCCAUUGUUCGCUUAAACACAUCUUCACUAACUGAUGUCUCUAAGGAAGAACGGAUCUACAACGGUUAUCCUGUGAUCGCAACAAGACGUUGCCGAACUCUUGUAGCAAAGCAACAAAGCCCUAGAGUCCCAAAAGAAAAGAAGGUUAAAAUAAACGAAAGACCUGUAUGCGGAACCCCUUCUCCCUAAAAAAUCAAAAAAACAUCCAGAAGGCUGCUAUGACCGAUCCUCGACGAACGGACACCAGAGACUGUGUGCUGUGCGCAGACGUGAACCCUCCUAACGUGACGCUUCCGUUUGAGAACCUCGAAGACCUCCCUGGUCUGAGCAUCAUCACCUGGGAAGAAUUUCAAGAAACAGCCAUCCCUGCUGGCUGGGUUGUUCCAGCGACGCAAGCAAGAAGUCAUCCAGUUCAACGACGAACAGGUGAACGUCUUCAUUCAUAGUGCAAGUAUGGAGCCGGCAACUCUAGGGGCUCCUUCCGGGGACGGAUUUUCUUGGACAAUUAUUGUGGACACGUACAACCACCUCAUGGCUGUUCACUCCCGGCUUACAGACCGGAUAUCAUUGCUGCUUAUUCAGCUCCUGUCAAAAGGAAACAAAACAGUUCCAGACCUGUGGGUGAUAGCAGUCAACCCGCACAACGACACAGUCAGGUCUGAUCUUCACCAGACGUUGUCCAGCGCUGCCACAGCUUUCCUCAGUCACCGCGACUUCAGCGUGGUGCUGGACCUGAACUGCCGAGUCCAGCGAUGGUGCAGCUCGGUGCUGAAGACCUCUUGCAAAGUUUGUGGUGGACGUCUGGUCAUCACCAACAAAAUAACGGAAACCACUUCCUGUUCUUGGAUGGGCAAGGUUCCAUUCUCUCUCCUUUGUCUCCCAGUGGCAGGGUUGAGGAAACUCUUUUAUAAGUUCCGAAGAAUGUCGGGCUGCGACAUUGUUAUCUGCUUUCAAGAUGAGGAACUGACUCUGUGCACUAGGACUGGCCAGCUGAAGCAGUGUGCAGACGUCAACAAAACUCCUCUUGAGAAUUUUUCUGCUAAGAAAGCGCCUGCGCGGAUAAAGAAAAACCGUCAGGCGGUGGAGGUUGCGACCCAGACAUCCAACAGCGACCUUGAGAGUUACGAUGACGACUGCGAUGAAAACGAUGAACCAAGUCUCCAGGCUGAGGAGGUCUAUCACUCUACUGAUGUGGAAAGAGGCUCCCCAGACGACCUUUAUACCAAGUACACCGCAAGUGAAUCUGCAUCGCUGGCCAAUAGCGGGAGUGACUGCGACAGCACUCGGGGCACCUAUCACCAGACCGUCACCCGGAUCCAGAGUACAAUGGAUACAACUAUGCAACCUUUGGCCCCUCAUUCUACCGCUUCAACCGACCUUCAGAAUCAUUGUUUGACAUCAGCUUUCCCCCGGCGCUAGGUGGUGCUCAUUUUACAUCGGGGUCUUCGGUUCUAGACAGAAAUCCUGACGGUUCAAGAGGCACUCCGACCAUAGACAGCUUUGCCAUCAGACGUGGUCGUCACUCGCUUGUCGACCCUAAAUGCAAGCCGACUGUAGUCUGUGUUCAACAAUAUCGUGGACCGAGUAAUACUGUAGAUGGAAAUAUGUGGCUCGUCGAGGACAAAAGAGUGGGAGGAUUUCGACAAGAGUUCAGAUCGAGAUGGGAGACGGAGGGCGCGAACUCUGUGCUUGAAGACGUAUUGGAAACAACAGAUACACAGACGAACACGCGCGAAGGGAGAGAUUUUGAAACACUUGUUAGGGAAUCUGAUCUGAUGUUCGACCUCAGCAAGAAAAACAAGAAAAGUGCUGCUGUUCCUUUCAAAAGUUUAAAGAGUAUAGACAAAGUGAAGUACACACCUGUCAAAAUACUAAAAGAUAAAAAAGCUGCCAAACAGGCUAGAGUCUUUUUUAGAGUCUCUGAGCAGCGAAAAGUUUCAGAUACGAACGUCCGGAACGAGACGAGCUGGCCUGAAAGUAAAAGAAAAUACCAGAUCGACAAAAAUAAAUCAUCCGAGACCCACAUUCAGGGUGACAAAAUAUUCGAGACAAGGCGCUUGUCGUCAAUGAAGGAUGCAGAUGAUUGCGAUGUAGUAGACAUCGAACUUGAGGAUGUGACGUCAGACAUCGAAGACAUUGUCCCGGUUGGUCCGACUUCCUUUGACUGCAGGACAAAUCCCGAACAUUCAGCGGAGACAACGGUUAGGCUUGAGGUCACUGGGGUUACGAUUUCUCAAGUGGAUGCCGACGAGGACAAGGACCAGCAGAUGAACCCCAGGAACAGUCUGGCAGUCGCGACUGGAGCGCUGAAAGGUACCGGGGCUCAGAAGUCUAAGCAGCUGGAGUCGUGGAAGCGCUGGGGGUUACCCAACGACUCACGGAGACGUUAUCUUGCACUCAACAGCCUGCGGCGCAAAGACCACAUCCUGGCACUGCAAGCAGAUGUCAGGAGGCAGAAACGGUCGUCAAAUUCGGGGCUGGAACACUUUAUUUCCAAUCCAGUGUGCCUUUUCGCGGAGUUUUAGGUUCCAGCGGAAAAGUCUCCAAGUGGUUCAACGCGUGCAUAGUGACUAGAUUGCUCAACCUUCGAUAUUUUAAUGUCACCUGUUACCUUUUCUUAUCACUGCUUUAUUAACUCUCUUCACCUGUCUCUCUCUCUCUCCGUGGAGGGGAAUGAAGAAGUUUUCCAGUGACAAGUCCGAGCUAUUGGAUCUUCGAACAAGCUGCUUAACAGUCUAUCGCACGUGGACCUUAAAAACUUAUUUUCUCAUCAUUUCCACUGCUUCGGGUCGGAAAUGGCAACUGACUAGUCAGUGGUGGGUGUAUGUAAAAGAAGAUCAAAGACCACAACACACCCUUCUUUGGCGUUCUCACCACUGAUGCACCACAACGAGGUCGAAUUUGCACAAGAUAAACACAUGCAUAGAAUUUGUCCUGACGUGUGCGGACGAGUUGAAAAUGUCGACCCGCGCCUGUGUACCAAAGGAGUCGAGUGUAUCUAUGCGUCUGUGCAGUUUAUUCGUGGACGGCCGACCUAAUUAACGGGCCUGUGGGGAAAAGAGGCGGGGGUGGGGAGAACGUGGGGCGGGAGUGGGGGAAGGCGGUGGUUGACAUAUCACGGAGAAAACUGCACCGGUCGAGGGAACUUAAUGUCACUUAGCUGGAAUAUGUUAGUUUACUACGGCGAUAAUAGUUUAUCCCGAGAAAGAACUUAAAAAUAAAAACGAUCAAACGAAAAAAUAUAAUUUCUCAAAUUUUCUAUCAUUUCUCUUUCUUAAUGUUUAUCUUUUAUGUGAACAUCUCUAUUUGUAAAAUUAACAACGCAAUAGCUCAUUAUUCCGGCCAGUCAUAUUUUCGGUGUUUCUUUUUUUUUGAUAUGGACCACGCCGGCUUUACAAAUAUCAUAUGCACAUGUUUAAGUAGCAUUUAGGCAGUUGAAGGGAAAGGCUUAUCAUUAUCGUGCGUGAUUAAUGCGGGUUUUGUUAAUUUCUGUUUUUUUGUUUUGUUUUGUUUUGUUUUUGUUUUGUUGUGUCUGUCUGGUCAUGAAUGAACAAAUUUAUAAAACGAGGAAAAGAAGCAUCAAAACGCUAGCUUUUUUUUUUGUCUAUAUAGCUAGUGUGCUACCUUUGUAAGCAGCAGGCAUUUGUAACUAAUUGAUAGGAUUAAAACAAAAUCCGAUAAGCGAACAAAAGUGUCGCCUAUGCCUGAUCCUUUGACUUUGGUUGGCAUUAAAUGAAUAUCUCGGGAAAA